AGAUCAUAGUAAAGGAUCAAUCUACUGCAUUAACAACAAUUUCUUCCUGAUGCAGAUAUUUAUCAUUUGAAAGUUGGAAAUUUCAUUCAGUGAUAUUCAAUACAUCGAAGAAAUCUAGAGUUAAAUUUUGUUAAAAUGUGUCAUGUUCACGAUAAGGUUGGAUUAUAGGAUGGCAAGCUAGAGUUGACACAUGAAAGGAAAUUAGCCUUGUGCAAAUAUUGCCGAUAAUUCGCACACAAUCGCCAAAGCAGGAUAUGAGAGGAAAUAGCAAUUCAGACUGUUAAAUUCCCCGCGUUGGUCACCGUACGGGAUGGCAGAUAUAAUGUCACCAGCUGACCUCUCAACCAUGGACGCCAUCGACGAUCCGGAAGCCAUAUUUGAUUUCAUCACAGUGCGAUCAAUGCAGGAACGUUAUGGUAAAACAGAAUCCCCACGUGCUCGACUCGGCCGCCAUGACACUUCCGCUUACCAAAACGAUGCCAUAUACCAAAACGAGGCAGAAUUUGAAACCUUUGUGCAGCAGUUUCCGAUUGAUGAUUCGAUCGCAGAAUGUUUUGCAGCAGCCAAUGAAGAUUCAGAAAAGCUAGACGGCAAAUACCUUUCAGGUGGCAAACGACCACAGCUCACUGCAAAAUACAACAAAUUCAAGAAAAGAUUCGGAAGGAAACCAUCGGACGAUACAAGUCUACUGUCUGACGAGGAAAUCCGUUCACGUGACUCUAAAAGGCGUUCUAAAAAGGCGGGAGGUGUCUUCAGCAAACGUUACAAAUGGCGAAACUUCGCAGUUACAGGAACAAAAAAGAAUUCAGUCUCACCAGAUAAAAGGGACAAAUUUCAGACGGAUUUUGCUGAUGAGGUUUUUCUCCCGGGCGUUCAGUCUUCUAGUCAAACACGGUUUGCGCCUGGUAUUGUAACAGCCGAGGUACACCACGUGAGCAGUUCCACGAGUGAUUCCCAGAUUACGUCAUUCUCCGAGAUGGUCGCGCGUGCGCAGACGUCACAGGGGAAUACCCCAGUUUCAGUUGGAACCAGUAACGCAUCGGAGGACGAGUUUGCAGCCAUUCUUCAAGGCAAUACGACUGACACGGUAUCAAAAAUAGAAGACCUCCAACUGGACCAGGUUCUGAAAAUGCGGGAUUACCAUGGUAACACACUUCUCCAUCGGAGCGUAUUGCUAGGCAACGCCGAUGUUGUGAAGUAUGUCCUUGAAAAGUUUCCGGAAAUGACGUCAGAUCUGAAUUCUGAUAACGAGACUGCAGUCGAGGUGGCAGCAAAGAGCGGUCGCGUCGAGUGCCUGCGGGUGAUGAUAGAACGAUCUAACAGGCGCCAGUCCCCGGGGCCCGCCAUAACCAACCGCCUUCUCAACAUAUGUGCCCAGUACGGACAGGCAGACUGUUUGAAUCUGCUGUUGAUGUCGAUGUCACGUGAUCCACAUGCCACGUGUUCAUUGCCUGGCGACGCACGCGGAAACACUGCUGCGCACCUGGCAGCCAAACAUGGCAACGUCCAGUGUCUCCAUACCCUCGUCGCAAGCGGAUAUGACGUCACGUCGGAGAACCUAUUACGUCAGCGACCUCUGCACGUAGCGCACGUGAGCCGCUCCGCAGCUUGCUUCGAGUACUUACUUCUGGUGAAUGUCUGUGGAGAGCUACUGACAGCCAUGAGGGAGCAAGCGGACGUAUGUGAUAGGCUUCAUGAGCAGGUGUCUGGUUGCCGGGCGACACUUGAACAUGUGCGCGGAUGGCUUGGGCGGCAGGGAGCUCUGGUAGGAGAGACGGACUCGGCGCUGCGGGAAUGCACACAGGCCGUGGUUGGGAGUGUCCGCGGGAUACAGGGACGCCUCAUGGCCAUCGCAGAGACACUCAGGCCGGACUCCCACGUGCAGGAAGAUAUCAAUCGGCGGCUCGGUGAGCUACAGGGCGAGAUGGAGCGACUUGAGGACAUCUGUGACUUCUCUCCGCUGACAGACAUGGAGGCUUCAGUCCGACGCCUCACUUCCGGUCUGGAUGAAUCGCUCUCCAGUCUCUGUGACGUCACUUCCGGCUCCAAAGAUUCUGAAGAUACGUCCAAAAUAGUGUGUUCGCUUCUGCGAGAUAUUCAUCGUGAAAGUCUGUUAGAGAAUUGGGAUACAAGUCACGUUUACGAAAAACAUUUGGCCCAUGAGGAAGUAGACAGUGAAACGACGGAACCGUUUAAUGUUGUGUCUGUGUUAAACGCUGCUACUAGAGACAAUCCUGGUAAACAUGGGCGAUCCUUAGUCAAAGAGACUAAUAAAGAUGCGGGUAAUCACAGGGUAGAAGAUGAUGACGUUCCUGACGAUGUGUUAAGAGAAAAUGGAAGUAAUACCAGACAUGACAAUCAACUUGCCAAGGCAAAUGGUAAAAAGAAUAUAAGUGACGAUGAGCAUACAAUUUUGAAAAACAAUAAAGAUGCUUCACAAACUUCUGAACCAGACGGCAAAAACCGAUAUGAAAACGCUAACGCGGAAAAAGAAUAUAAUAAAGCUGAUAACACAGUCAGCAAUUUGGAAAGUGAUAAAGAAAAUGACAAUGAAAAUCACAUGGAUCCGACUGAGCGGCCCUUCACAAGGCUGCUUUCACUUGACGAGAGAAUAGACCUUCUUAUAGCAGGUGAGCGGGAGAGAGAGAAAGAUGAGAGUGCUGACGCCGACCACAGAACUUCCAGUGAAAGUAGGGAUUCGUUUCAAUCACGCCAACCCCCUUCUUACACAUCAACAUUCACCUCCAUAACAUCAAAUGCGUCAUCGGCCUCAGACUGGUGUAACAGACUACCGCUAACCAGUCUAGAGUCCACAACAACUGAUGACAUAAUCAGUACCGAUGCAUCACGUGAUCACACAAAUAGUGAAUCGACCUCAUAUUGGUGGGAUAUUGAGGACAAUCCAUACGGAUCUCACCAAGAUCUUCAAGUCAGAGCACCAUUGAAUCAGGAUAUCAGGAGACGAAUCCAUCUUAACCUUGAAAACGAUUCAUCUUCUUACCAUGAGCUUAGACAGCAGAGAAUAGUAAACCAUCUCAAAUCCAUUCAGCAAGCAAGGUUCAGUUCGGACAAUUACCGUGAGCGGAUAACUACGUCCUCAGGAGAAGUGAUGGGCGGGUUUGACACGCCCCCGGAAACGGACGUUCCCAGUCGCAGAGUUCUCGUCGACGUCAACGGCGCAUUACAGAAACGGAAUCAAAACAAGCCCGUACCAAAGUCACGCAAACGUGGAAAACCCCGUCUGUUCACCUUAGAGGAUGCCAUAGCAACCAAACCUUUGAGUGAAUCCGACUUCCGGGAGCGAUUCGAGCGUUCACUCGGUCUGAACUUGAAAUGGGAAGAAAUGUCUAUCACUACGGACGAAGAGGAUCGUUCGCUGACCUGGUUGGACCACGUGGACAAUUAUGGGAGUCCACUAAGUGAGUCAGACACGCUAGACAGUUCCCAUGAGGCCCAGAGUUUCGUCUGAAGUAUUCAAGGGUGAAAUAUCAGAGCAGAUCAGUUGUUGUUGUUGUUGCUGUCUAAAUUAGAAUUUCGACCCAAGGGUUGUCCCUGCCUGGUUCAGGAUGAUAUGUUAUAAACGGAACAUUUACCACAACAUAUACAGUGGAAAUUUAUUAUCCUGAUGUCAGCUGGACCGCGCAAAAAGCUUCGAGAUAACGAAACUUCGAUAUUUCCGACAAUCACAGAGUCUUGUUUGACCGGAUAUGGAAUUGUCGCCCUGAUCACUAGAUGUUACAGUUUAAUUAUCAUGUACAUCUUAUUUUGAUUAGUAUUUUUUGUGUAAAAAUGACUCAUAACACAUUGAUAUUUUGUUUAUGUUUCUGAUUUUAAACGGUAUGCUCACACUCAUGCUACGGGCAUAUAGUCAAAACGGCUUAGUACCGUUUUUUUUUUUUGUAUCGGCACACUUCAAAUGGCGUUUUCCUGUUAAGAACAUACAUGAUCGAGGCACCUUUUUGUCGAACCCGCUUGUGGUGGGCGAGACAUAGUUGUCACAAUCGCUGUUCCGUGUAUGUGCGUGACUGCGUCCGUCCGUCCGGACUGAAUUUAUCCGGGCUGUAUCUUACCAAGAAUGAUAUAUACAGGAUUUUCGAAAAAAAAACUUCCAUGGAGGUUCACCAUGCCGAGGCGUAGUUAGGUGCAAUUUUAGAAAUGCUUCUAAAAUGAACUUACACGUGACCAGGUGUUAUAUGCAAUAUAUUGGAAACUCUAGUUAGUAUUUUGUUACAUUAACCUUGACUUGUAUUGUACAUCAACUCCGGCUGUCGCAACCAGAGCAUCUCGACCAUUUUUAAUCAAAAACAAUCUCUGGCGUAUAUGGUCACUUUACGGUGUCAGAAGACUUUACGUUUCGCUACGCUGUAAGCAGAUCGCGUGAUUACAAUUUAGCAGUUAAUCCUUAGGACAUUACUCUUAGGAAUCUGAAUUGUUCAUAAAAUUAUGCACUUCAGUGGGAUUGAAUUUGAACUUACAAAUAACACGUUAAAACACUACAA